AUGUCUAUUCGUUUGAACACACAUCAUUUAUCUGCUAAAAAUUCUACAUCAUCUAUUCAUCUUCAUUAUGGUUCGAAAGAAGAUGUGGGUUUUAAACAUUUAUUUCAUUUUUUUCGUAAAGCAUUUCCAUUAGCAUUUAAUCGUGAAACAUUUCAACGUGUAUACGAUGCUUCCGAUAUAUCAAAAACUGCAUAUCGUACAAAAUAUUGUUGUAAAUUAAAAAUUUAUGCUGCUAUUUUAGCAUCAUCUAUAUUUGAUUCUAAUCAAAAACGUCAAUUAAAAAUCUUAAUGCUUGUCGAAGAUGAUCAAAGUAUCCAUGCUAUUAAUAUUGGUAAAUAUCUUCUAUUACAAACAAUUGAAACAUGUAAACAAUUAGAAAAUAUUAUACAAAUCUAUGCAUAUGUUGAAUCAACAAAUAUUCAUGGAAUUAAUUUUUAUAAAAUGAUGGGUUUUCAACAACGAGAAAUUUUACAAGAUUAUUUUUCACAACGGGCAUCAUUAACACCUGAUGCAAUUAAACUUGAAUAUAAAAUCGGUACAAGUUUAAGUAAUGAAUUAACUAGUAAUAACAAAUCAAUGAUUAGUUCAAGCUCAACAAAAUAUACCCAUGAGUCAUCGUCACCAUCGCAAAUCAGUUCAUCAUCAAAUAUAAGCGAACUUUCAACAGUUACCAGUACAAGAUCAGCAACUGAAAAAUCAAAUACUGUAGAGAAAAAACAUUAUUUUCAUCGAUGA